AUGCAACCGCAGCAGGACGCCGCCGAGGACGUGGUCAUUGUCGGCGCCGGCCUCGCCGGUGUCGGCGUCGCCCUGGGACUCCACAGGAAGGGCGUGCGGAGCGUGGUGCUGGAGUCGUCGCCGGCGCUUCGGACGUCCGGCUUCGCGUUCAUGACAUGGACCAACGCCUUCCGCGCGCUUGACGCCCUCGGCGUCGGCGACAAGAUGAGGAGCCACCACCUGCAGGUUCAGGGGGUGCGCGUCAUGUCUCCGACUACCGGGGAAGUGGUGCGAGAGCUGGAUCUCCGGGUGCAAGGCAAACUGGGACCCCACGAAGCCCGGUGCGUGCAGCGUAACGUGCUCCUCCAGGCGCUGGAGGAAGAGCUUCCGGCAGACACCAUCCGCUACAACUCCAGGAUCGUCUCCAUCGACGACGACAAAGAAGGCGGUGGCGAUGCCAAGAUCCUCCAUCUCGCCGACGGUUCGAUGCUCCGAGCAAAGGUGCUGAUCGGUUGCGACGGGAUCAACUCAGUGGUGGCCAAAUGGCUGGGGCUCGCCAAGCCGCUGGACUCGGGGCGUAGAGCCACGCGGGGGCACGUCAAGUACCCCAAUGGCCACGGCUUCCAGCCCAAGUUCAUGCAGUUCAGCGGCAACGGCUUCCGUGCCGGCCUGGUGCCCUGCGGCGACACGGACGUGUACUGGUUCCUGACGUGGUCACCUUCCUGUCCGGACGGGAAGGAGGACGUUGACCAUAGCCCGGCGGAGAUGAAGCAGUUCGUCCUGGCCAAGCUGCGGAGCAUCAAGGCACCUGACGAGGUGCUGGAAGCGGUCGAGAGGAGCGAGAUGAACGACGUCCUCGUGGCGCCCCUGAGGUACCGCCCGCCGCUGUCGCUCCUCUUCGGGAGCAUCAGCAAGGGGAACGUGUGCGUCGCCGGCGACGCGCUCCACCCCACGACGCCGGACCUGGCACAGGGCGCGUGCAUCGCGCUGGAGGAUGCCGUCGUCCUCGCGCGGUGCCUCGGCGACGCCAUGGCCCGCGAUGGCGACGGCACUGAGACGAUCGAGGCGGCUCUGCGCCGGUACGCCGGGAUCCGGCGGUGGAGGAGCGCGCAGGUGAUCGCGGCGUCCUACAUGGUGGGGCGUGUGCAGCAGAGCGAGCACGCCGUGGUGAGAUUUGCGCGGGACAGGCUGCUGUCAGGGGUGCUCGCCAAGGGGCUCCUCAUGACGCCGGACUACGACGGUGGCACACUUUGA